UUGCAGUCACUGUCAGCAUGUUGUCUGUGUGGUUAAGGUGUAUAACCAGCCUUUGUCUCUUCUUUACAGCGCUGAAUGCCAAAGAGACUCAUGUGGCAUUUAAAGAUGUUGGAGAACAAAUCACUAUCCAGUGCAGAUCAUCUAAACCAGACCGGUCCCUGUCCUUGAUGAAAGGUCUCCAUGAGGAGUCUCAAAUUCUGCAUAGAGCCAGUAAUGGUAAAAAUACCAUUGCUGCCCAUUUCGAGAACAGACUUGAGGUCAAUGGAGAAAUGCCCAACACGGACAUUCUCAUCAAAAACCUGACUUCAGAAGACACAGGGCCAUACUGGUGUGUGUACAAAAGCUUUGCUAAGAGCAUGUCUGAAGAAAAAAGAGGCACAGGGUCUAUGCUCCUGGUGGUCAGAGAUGUAAACUGUGCAUUAUUGAUAGAUUCCACGCAGCCUUGUGAACUAACAAAUAAGAGUCUGAUCCUCGGGUCCGUGGUGAUCUCUGGUGCUGUGCUUCUCCUCAUCAUCCUGGCAUUCUUCAUGUGGUACAUCUUCAAGAGCAAGAACUCUCGCACCUCCAGUCCCUCCAAGAAACCAAGGCACGCCACCACCAAUGAUGUUUACGAAGAUAUGCGUGGAACCCUCAGGCACUAAAGAUGUCACAGUGCUUCAUGCAAACAACCUGCAGCUCUGCACCACUGACACACAGGCAUUGCAUGUGAGCAUCUGAAUUUGCACUGAACAUUAACCAGAAGUGGUUUAACACAAUGUAUAAAAAUACAGUAGACAGCCACAGAUGUUUCUCUUAUCUGAAAGUAGCAGUAAAAAAAACAAGCAAAUAUUAAAUGAUUCAUAGUGUGAUAUGGAUAUUACAGUGUUUUUCUAUUGUAAAUAUGUUCUUUAAUUUCAGUAAUGUCUUAUAGUUUGGUAAAAAGUUUUUUUUUUAUCAUAAUUACAGAUGAUAAUAAUGAUAAUGAUGAUUAAUAAAGAUAUAA